AUGUUGCAACACUCAAACGCAAAUAAGUCGAGCCUAGAUUUUCAACUGUACGUCGAUAUCAUCAAUACUGCCGAUGCCUUCAAGUUGUCCAGACUCAUUUGCAACCAAUUUGCUCGUAGCGUCGUGGCUAUGCUGGGAGCGGUGGCACCAGAUUCGUUCGACACCUUGCAUUCUUAUGCCAACACGUUCCAGAUGCCUUUUGUGACUCCAUGGUUCCCUGAAAAGGUGAUCCCGCCUUCUUCAGGUCUCAACGACUACGCAGUGAGUAUGCGCCCGGACUACCACCGCGCCGUGAUGGCCACGAUAACGCAUUACGGAUGGAAAAACGUCAUCUACAUCUACGAUUCUCAUGAUGGAUUACUGCGCUUGCAGCAGUUAUACCAAAGCCUGCAACCGGGAAAUGCAACGUUCCGAAUUUCAAAUGUGAAGCGAGUCUCCAAUGCAUCCGACGUCGUCGAGUACCUUCGAGCUAUCGAGAAGCUGGACCGAUGGAGUAACAAAUAUGUUGUGCUAGACUCUACAACUCAACUAGCAAAAGCCACGCUAAUUUUGCACGUACGUGACGUGCAGCUCGGCCGAAGAAACUACCAUUAUUUCUUAAGCGGACUGGUAUUGGAUGAUCGCUGGGAAAAAGAAGUAACCGAAUUUGGUGCUAUCAACAUUACUGGAUUUCGACUAUUGGAUUUUUCUCGUAAAAUUGUGCGGGACUUCAUUGAUGUUUGGAGAAGAGAAACUAUUUCAGCGCAAGCGGCUCUUACGUAUGACGCAGUUCAAGUCUUGAUCGAUGCUGUUCUUCGUCUGAUGCGCAAGAAACCUGAUAUAUUACGAGCUACACUGAGACGCGCUAGCCAAAACAACAGCAAAAUUAUGGACUGCAAUCCUAAGAAUAAACUCAUCCCUUUCGAACAUGGAGAGAAAAUAUCCCGGAUGAUUAAAAAGACGGAGGUCGAUGGAAUAACCGGCUCUAUAAGAUUCAACGAACAAGGACACCGCAAGAAUUUUACUCUGCAAGUCAUGGAAAUGACUGUGGAUGGUGAUAUCGUAAAGGUGGCGACUUGGUGCGAAAACAAAGGCCUUAUUCCUGUCAUCCCCAAGCUAGAUCAUCCUGCCGUGCCGGGAUCCUACGACCGCAACAAAACUUAUAUUGUGACCACCAUCGAGGAGCCCCCGUAUAUAAUACGCGAGGACCCUGAAGACCCGGAAUUUAGACCUGACGAACCAUUCAAAGGAUUUUGUGCAGACCUUACAAAAAUGAUAUCUGAAAAAUUAGAAAUCAACUAUGAAAUAAAGAUAGUAAGGGAUGGCAAAUAUGGAAACGAGGACCCAAAAGUACUAGGUGGCUGGGACGGAAUGAUUGGCGAACUUAUAAGAAAGGAAGCGGAUAUCGCUAUUGCACCUCUGACAGUAACCUUAGAACGCGAGUCCGUAAUAGAUUUCAGCAAGCCGUUCCUUUCUUUUAACUUAAAACCCAACGUCGCUUCGAACAGUACUGGCGCCAUAUUUAGUUUCCUUCAGCCAUUAUCAAUGGAAAUAUGGCUCUCCAUCGUUUGCAGUCUGUUUGCUGUGAGCGUAGUGCUAUUCAUAGUAUCUAGAUUCUCUCCGUAUGAGUGGCGAGUGGUUUCUUUUACGGAUUCACAUAUCACUGAACAUUCAGACCUGGCAACUACGAAGACUACCGUGGUGAAUGAAUUUAGCUUUUGGAAUUCGAUGUGGUUUUCGCUUGGGUCUUUUAUGCAGCAAGGCAGCGAUAUUAACCCCAGGUCUGUGUCAGGAAGGAUUGUGGGAUGCGUGUGGUGGUUUUUCGCUCUUAUAGUAAUAUCUUCGUAUACGGCUAAUCUAGCUUCAUAUCUGACACUCUCGCGCAUUUCGGAACCUAGCCAGACGUACAGUAAAGUAGCGAUGUGUCCAGAGGAUACAGUUGAUGGACCGAAACCUACAAUCGAAGUUCCACAAGAACCACCCGUAGAUGAGCAUGGCUGGCUUGCAUUUCUUAUGGACCGCAGCGCUGAACCGGAAGAUAAACCUUGUGAGAUGAUAGUCACUCUUACAAAUUCUGGCUAUAAAGAUUUUGCCGUUGGUGUACCAAAAGGAUCUCAACUGCGGGAUGGCGUGAAUAUGGCCUUACAAUCGCUGAAGGAAGAGGGUGAGAUACCGAGACUUGUCAGAAAAUGGUUCACCAAAUCUGAAUGUGAUGCCCCUGACACUGAUAUUAAGGGAUCUGAACUGACACUUAGUCAAGUGGCUGGUUUGUUUUACGUUCUGGUUGGAGGUUUGACAUUGGCUAUGGCGGUAGCCUUGUUCGAGUUUUGUAAGCAUGGACGAGCAGAGGCGGCUCGGGCUAAUGUGCCGUUGCGAGCUGCCUUGCAAGCCAAGACAAGCCUCUCUUCUAACACGGAACGUAAGAUGACGCAAUCACAACGUGGACCACAACGCGAACAUGACCGCCUUGGUUGGAACGGAGGCGCCUUUGGUGGCCAGUACUACAGCCCCGCUACCCAGAUUGGUCAAGAGGAGACGGCGUUGCAUUCUAGCUUUACACAAGUUUGA